AUACCGCGGGGACAUGUUGCAGAUGUUUCUUCCAGCCCUCCCCACAUCCCUUGUAUCACCUUUGUCCGGAGGCUAUACACAAUUCGCGUGGAGGUCUCCUCGGGGGAGUAAUCGGGCUGUGCUCAGGGUAGAGGGAAAAAAGAAGCACUUUUGAAACUUAACUGCCAGUGGGAGGGCAACCUUGGAAUAUAAGCGCCAAGACAAGAGCAGAAGAAAAGUUCCACCGAGGAGAAGCGAAAUGAGAAGUACGGAGUAAAUCAAUCCGGAUGCUGAUACCCCGACGAAGGUUGGUAUCGUCAAUGGCCUGGGGAAUCAAUUUACCAAGGUGGGGAUGGGUAUGCCCAGGAGGUAGACUAAAAUGAACUCGAUUGGAAUAAUGCAAGACUGGCAGAAGCGCCAGCUAUAGUUGACGGAUCCAUCAGUUUGAAGAAUAAGAGGAGUAUCCCGACAAGGACAAGCAUUCCCCUUGAAAAAAAAAAGAGAGAGAACCAAGAAAGACAAGAGGUGCAAUAUAGGAUAGAGAAAAAGAGUAGCUAGAUUGAAAUAUCCAGUGAGACGUUAAGCGGUGGAAAAAAAAAAGAGGGAAGCGCAGAGAGGGUAAAAUGCCCGAGCACUAUUAACCAUUGUCUUCCAUUUUCUCAUUCCCCACGAGAUCCACGAUGAGGCUCAAAUGUUGGUGGUUUAUAAUCGUGCUCCUAGCAACGUUGACGACUCAAACAAUCGGUUGUCCCCCACCGUGUGCCUGCAAAUGGAAGGGUGGAAAGGAGGCAGUUGAAUGUGCAAAUCGUUCUUUAACACGUAUACCCCAGGGUGCAGCAGAGGAGACCCAGGUGUUGGAUCUCUCAAGCAAUCACCUGGUAAAACUCCAGCCAGAGGCAUUCAGAAAUCUGGGACUCGUCAAUCUUCAGAAGUUGUACCUAUCGAAGUCCAACAUCACCCACAUAUCACCUCAGGCUUUUGUGGGUCUUGUGGGCCUUGUCGAGUUGGAUUUGAGUGUCAACAGCAUCAUCGAUGUGCCAUCGGAGACAUUUUCAUCGUGUCCAAGCCUCAUGAGGCUAAUCCUCAGUGGCAAUCCCAUCAGGAGACUGUCAAGAGAUGCCUUCAAACCCCUGACGCAGUUGACAACACUGGAGUUGAGCAAGUGUCAGUUGGCUAGUAUUGAGCAAGGCGCCUUCAAUGGUCUUCAAUCGCUCGAGUGGUUGCGACUGAAUGACAACAGGCUGACUUACAUCCCUGAUAUGACACUGCCCCUCACCGGCAAUCUUCACGGUUUAACACUUCACAAUAAUCCCUGGCUGUGCAACUGUCGCCUGCGUCCCAUGCAGGAUUGGCUCAAGCAAUCAGCACAAGCUGCACCACAGGAGUCAGAUCCAGUCUGUGAAGCGCCACCAAGACUCCAUCAACGGCCCAUUAAGACCAUCAAACUGGAUGAUCUCGCUUGUCUACCAGAGAUUCACACCGAGCAACUUGUCGAGGUUGAUGAGGGGGCCAAUGUCACUCUUCGCUGCAAUGUCUACGCCAUCCCCGUGGCCACAAUCUCCUGGUGGAUCAAUGGACAGAAAUGCGAAACGCAGAAGGACAAUGACUCGUCCACUUCAGCCUACGUCAGAUACAUCUGCAAACAACAGGGUCUCACAAACUCAACGAAUCUUCUUCACCUCUUCAACGCAGACAAGAGUGACGAGGGUACAUUCACCUGUACCGCCGAAAACACAGCUGGCACAGUGGAUUCGAAUUUGUCCAUCCGAGUGAAAUUCCAGGAGAGAAGUACAGUGGAGCCACCCUUCGAGAACACCAACACGAGUUACGUAGCAGCUGUAGCAGCAGGUGCUCUGGUAGGUACCCUGUUAGCGCUGGGUUGCGUGAUCGGUGGAAUAAUCGUGUGCGCAAAGCGACGGCGGGACCAGAAGCGAAAUGAUAAGAGCCUGUCCUCGCAGAGCAAGGUAUCAUCACCGAUUGUCAAAGAAUCAGAGACACUUCCACACAAGACGGUAACAGACACCCUGAACUUCGAUAAUCACCAGCAGGUGAUGUACACAGAGCGAGAACUCCAGCGUACAGCAUCACUGGACAGACGUGAGACAGUUGAGGCAUAUAGAGGACCAGUCCCCAAGUACUUGACCGAGCCGGACUUGAUAAACGAAGUAUACCCAUCGACAAAUCCCCCGAGCAGUGAAAAUUACACCCUUUACCAGCACCAGCGUCCACAGCCCCGAGGAAUUCUCGAUUACGCUGACACUCGCUACUCCUUGCAACCGACGAUCGAUCGCCCGAGUCUCUCACAAAUUCCCUAUCUCGAUCAGGACGGCUAUCCCUUGAACUUCGGUCUACCCAAGAUAUCUCUCAAUCCAGUGAGCUGUACACUACCACGCCUACGGCACAGAAUACCAGAGGGUUCAGCAGCAGCACCAACAGCUCGUUACACACGUGAAGCUGAAUUUCUAGCAAGAACUCCACACGAUCCAGCAGUGCUGUCACGUCCUGACACACGUUACACAGCUGAUGGUUAUCCAUAUCCAAUAGCCUAUCAGCCAAUCACAUCACCAGUGAGACAACCCCUUCAGAUACCACCGUACGUCUCACCGGAGAUUGCAAUGCCAGAGGUCAGUGAUGUGCCAUUCAUACCGUCACCCCCAGCGGCAUACAAGGGUGAACCAACACCUCUAUCACCUAGAUCACUCAUGAGUAAAACAGCCCAUGAAGCAGCAGCUGCUGUUGCAGCAAGAGCUGAUGAUCCACGACCACCCGAUCAUCCUGAGAGCCCAGACGAGGGUUACGUUGGUGAUGCCAUGGAUGUCUGAGGGACAGCUAGACUCGAGCGUCGGCGCAAUGAUCAAGCCAAAUCCAGCGACGUUUGAGGGACUGUUUACGAAAUAUACCUGGGGAGUCGUGUACAUACGUGAGAGCUUAACCUAGGCUAUCACCCACGUUGCUGCACGUGUCAGAGUGACUGACCACUGGUUUUAACUUGUGGCGGGGAAGGAUGGAGAGGGGCUAGGGGUAAGGGAAUUACCACCGCAACUGGUCAAUUGCAGUGACGCUUUGCAAUGGAUUCGAGGGGACAGGUGGCAGGUUAAACGCUGGGUUGUGGGGAUUGUUGACAGCCCUCGACUGUAAACCAGGAAACGCAGGGCGAAUUGAUCGCACUGCCGUGGGUUGAGGCACUCCGGGGACUCCCCUGGCGUUAAAUGCAGCCAUUCCUUAUCUCCUUGGGUUUCUUCGAGUGUUCUGAGGACUCGGCACUUGUCGAGUCUAUCUCUUGGGAGUGGUGACACCUGCUCCAAGGAGGGGUACACUCUCCUCGGACUUGUGGAGAGGGGAGAUUUUUUUUUUCUUCGUGGAAACUGUGAAAAUGUGCUCAAUAACACUCUAGGGGGUGAUAUGUUUUGAUAUUAGUAGAGUGAGUGCGUGUUAUGACUGUCUUUCGAUAUGUGGGUGAGGUUUUAUCGGGUUUGCCGGAUGAAAAUGCUUUUGGCGCCGUUUGCCGCGGGUUUUCAUCAUUUAUUGCCGUCUAUGUAUGGGGUAAUUGUGAAAAUUCGAUUUAUUUUCUAUUUGCUGGUUUUUUUCGGACGCUCAAUGGACGCGUGGAAAAAAUACUCGAAAAAUUACGUGGUCAUUUCGUAAAUGUGUUGUUUUGUAAACAAAUUGUAGAAUUAACCCGAAUUUUUAUUUUAGUUCACCGUAAUUUUUACUCAACGUUACAGAAAAAUCGUAACAGUAAUGUAAAAAAUCGAGUCAAUUCGGUGAUGCCACGGAUUCUUUGGGUAUUUAUUUUAACGCUCAGUGAAAAAUUUCGAGAGUAUAAUUUGUUGUUGAAAAAAAAACAUUGAAUGUUAAAUA